UCAUACGAUUUCAAAAUGGCGGAGGUUACGGAACAAAAGCCAGGGGCAACAAUGGAAAGAGACUUCAGUACUAUCAUUUUGACUCUAGAAAAUGUGUUAAUUCCAGACGAAAAACUAUCCCCGACCCCUUCUUUGUUAGAUGGACUGGAUUUAGACACCGAAACGGAUCUCAGAAUCCUAGGAUGUGAACUUAUUCAGACGGCCGGAAUUUUGCUCAAACUUCCACAGGUUGCAAUGGCUACUGGACAGGUCUUGUUUCAGAGGUUCUACUAUUCCAAAUCUUUCGUCAAACACAACAUGGAGGUGCUUGCUAUGGCAUGCAUCAAUUUAGCCUCGAAGAUAGAAGAAUGCCCAAGAAGAAUAAGAGAUGUAAUCAACACAUUCCACCACGUCAAACAAAUAAGAAAUAAAAAGAAUAUCCAUCCCCUUGUUUUGGAUCAAAACUACAUCAAUUUGAAGAACCAAGUGAUCAAAGCUGAGAGAAGAGUCCUAAAGGAGCUUGGAUUCUGUGUACAUGUCAAACAUCCUCACAAGGUGAUUGUGAUGUUCUUACAAGUGCUGGAUGCAAACCAGAACCAAAAACUGGUUCAGUGUGCAUGGAACUACAUGAAUGACAGUUUCCGGACGGACGUGUUUGUGCGUUGGCAUCCUGAGACCAUAGCCUGUGCUUGUAUUUGGCUGGCUGCAAGGCAACUCCAGGUGCCCCUGCCUAACAGUCCACCUUGGUUCGAAUUGUUUGGUGUUGAUGAAGAUGAAAUCAAAGAGAUCUGUCUAACAAUCCUCAGACUGUAUGCCAGGAAAAAGCCCAACCCAGAAGCCCUGGAGAAGAGGGUGACAGCUGCCCGCAAUCUACAACUAGAGGCAAAGAAGAAAGCUCGGGGUCUGUUCUCUGAGGCUGACACUCCAACUUCUUUCUCCAGAAAUGGGUCACCCAAGAAUGUUAGCCCCAACCCCCACACCCUGAUAGGAGAACUGAAGAAACGCAUCAAGAAGGAGGAAGAGGAAAGAAAUGAGAAGUCAAAGAAGCGAAGAACGAGAAGUAGAUCAAGGUCAUCUCAUUCCAGUAGAAGCUACAGCCCUGCACCAAAAAAGCGGAAACACAGAUCUCCUGAGGGCGGAUCUCGCAAGGUCAAGAAGGAGAAAUACUCUCCAGAGAGGCGCUCCAAAGACUCGCACAAAUCGAGGAAACGUCGACACAGAUCGCGAAGCCGAAGCUACUCUUAUUCCCCAGCGGAGGAUUACAAAUCAGGACACAAGAAACGUGCAAAAGACAGAAGCUAUGAUUACAAGGAUAGAGAUUAUAAGGAAAAUAAAGACAGAUAUUACUCUCCAGACAGGCACACUCGGAAACAUCACCGGAACGGACACUCGAGUCCAUCGCGGCUUGAUAAAUAUGAGAAGUAUCGAAGAUGAUGUUGGUUUUCAUGUUUAGUUGCUGGUGCCUUAAAACUUUUUAAGUGUCAUUUUAAUCAUGGCUAAAUGAAGUGUCUGUAUUUAUGUGUUCAGGAAAUGAUUUCAAGCAUAUAAUGAAUUGCGGGUAUUUCUAAUUUACUUCCAAGUUGUAUUUUAAUGUCAGUUUGUAGGGAUGUGAUAUCUCAUGGCUGCAUGGCUAAAAAUACUAAACUGAUUUAAGAAAUUUGACUGGUUGCCCAAGGGUGUUACUUUAACAUAUGUUUGUAUUGGCACUCUAGUUUGCUUCAAAUUAAGUUAGGAGAGACCACAAAAGCGCAUCUGAGAAGCCAGUUUUGCUCAAGUUCUGUGACGGUGCUCCAUUUGGGACCUGAAGCUCCGCCCAACCCAAUCGCCAAAAUGGUUUUAGCAGUUAAUCUGCCAGGUCAAUCACAUCCCUGUUUAUUUGUGUUGGAAAAAAAAUGGGAAGAGCAAUUUGUCAAUUUUACUUGUGUAUACAUCGAUCAUGAUUUUCAUCUACAAGUCAUUUUUAUAAUGUAAUUAUGGAGAGAAAAAUUAAUUAGAAUAAAAAAGGUGGAUAAUAGUGUUGAAAUAAAAAGAUAAUUGGAAAUGUCAUCGUAGACAAACUAUUUCUCUUUCACUUGUUGAAAUUAUUGUAUGAUGAAUGUGUACAUAGUGAAGGUCUGUGAUACAGAAAUUGAUGUGUAUGACUUUAAUAAAGUUUCUGUGUUUAAGUGCUGCACAUGGAUGUUGUGUUAACUGAAUGUCUGGGUAUCUUGGAAGAUGCAUAUUCUGAAUGUUGAUUCAAAAGCUUUAUUGUAUAGUUUGUUUUAUUUGUAAGUAUAACACCUAGAUGGUUAAAUAUUUAAAUCAUGUGUAUAUGAAAUGUACAAAUAUUUUGCUAUUUGAAAAAGUAUGAAAUAAAAAAAAUACUUUGUAUAUAGUGAUAUAAAAAAAUAAAAUAAAAACAUGCCAAGUUCACAAAA